AUGGAGGUACAGCAAUGCUUAUCUUUCAGCUCUUUUCUCUUUUUACCGAAUUUAGAUAUGAGCAUAUAAGCCAUAUUGACACCGUAAACAAAACAAAUCAAGUAAUAAUAGGAGGAUUGUAAGUAAAUGGAGAAGGAAAAUAAAACAUUAAAUGUGAAGUUCAAACUUUCAGAUUUAUUACCGAAUGAUCAAAAUAUUACUUUAUAAGAAAUUUAAAAUGAUAUCUAACAGAUAAAAAAUAGAUACAUGAAAUAGAUUGUAAAUUGA